UGAGUGUGGCGACAGUCCUUUUUCAACUGUUCUUGAGAUUAAAGACUUCGCUACAGGAUACUGAAAGUCUAUAAAAAAAAAAAAAAAAAGAAAGGUCUUUUAUUAAGAAAUGAUACGCUCUCACAAACUGAUGGGAAAAAAAAGGAAGUACACACAGACACUGAAACACACACAUACACACGCACACCCCUAGCAUUAAGGCCUCCUGAGAAAUCCUCUGGAGCCACAGGGGUCAGGACUGAAAAGUCUAGAACCACUGGGCUAUACUCCCGAAUGACCACACUCAACGGCUUUGAACAUGGGCAGCCCCUUCCGUUAGGUGCCUCAGGCCUCACCACUCCCCAUUGACCCUGAUUCACCUGCUUCACUCAUCACUUCACCUGCCGACCCCCCGCGGGCCCUUUAGGUUUUCAUUUCUGUCCCAGAUGAACAAUACCAACAACUACCAUGUCUUUAGCACCGACCUUGUGCCCGGUUCUGUUCUAAGUGCGUUGUACGUAUUAGUUCAGUUUAGCCUCAACGUGACAGUGAGGGACAAACUAUUAUUAUGCCUGUUCAGUCAAAGAAUAUUCACACGGGGGUUCCCAUUCUGCCACUGCUGCUGGCAGUGGAGAUGCCGCUGGGAACGGAACAGACAGAUUCCCUGCCUUCUUGGAGAUUUUGUUGGGAUGUGGACAUGCACAGCACACAGGUAAUUCAAAGAGAGUCAGAAGGUGUACCUGAGAGGAAGAAAAAUCAAGCGGGGUUGGGAGGUGCGGAUGGUUGGGGAUGGGGGUGUGCCGUUGUAAAUGGAGUGGUCAAUCCAGGCCUUGCCGAGAAGGUGACAUUUGAGGAGGCUGAAGGAUUAGGAGAGCAUUCUAGGCAGAGAGAGGGUAAGAAACACACCUAGGGGGCACACAGCCAGCAAGCAGCAAAGCUGGGACUGGAACCCGGGCUGGGUCCAGAGCCUGGCUUUGAACAACUACAGUAUAGAGCUCAGUUCUUGCCCAUGGGAGCCUCAGACUUUGGGGGGGAAGACAGGCUCUGAGCAGCGUGGUUCCCGGAGAGCUGGAGUAAGGGAGAAGGGACGGACACAGGGUAACAGGGAGGGCCAAGGCUUUGGCUCUGAAACUUCUGACCUCCUGUCCUGUCCUCCCCGAAGGCCAAGAUGGAUUGGCCCCCCUGCUGUCAGCACUUUCUUUUAAUCUCAGUGAGGGGGUUCUUGGAGCCGCCCCCCCACCACCCUGGCCCCUCCUCCCUCCAAGUACAGGGGUGAAGCGGCCACAAAUCCUCUAAUCCGCCAGCACCUCGGCGACCGUCUCCAGCAGCAGCCGGCCCUCGGCGGCCGGGAGACCACGUCCCUCCCACCCGCCGGCCCAGCCACCGCUGCCCGGCCGGUCCUGCGCGGCCUCACCCAUGGGGAACAGCAAGAGUGGGGCCCUGUCCAAGGAGAUCCUGGAGGAGCUGCAGCUGAACACCAAGUUCACAGAGGAGGAGCUGAGCUCCUGGUACCAGUCCUUCCUGAAGGAGUGCCCCAGCGGCCGCAUCACGCGGCAGGAGUUCCAGAAGAUCUACGCCAAGUUCUUCCCCGAGGCCGACCCCAAGGCCUAUGCCCAACAUGUGUUCCGGAGCUUCGACGCCAACAGCGACGGCACCCUGGACUUCAAGGAGUACGUCAUCGCCCUGCACAUGACCUCGGCGGGCAAGACCAACCAGAAGCUCGAGUGGGCCUUCUCCCUCUACGACGUGGACGGCAACGGGGCCAUCAGCAAGGGCGAAGUGCUGGAGAUCGUCAUGGCUAUUUUCAAAAUGAUCAAUCCUGAGGACGUGAAGCACCUCCCGGAAGAUGAAAACACGCCAGAGAAGCGAGCCGACAAGAUCUGGGGGUUCUUCGGAAAGAAAGAUGAUGAUAAACUUACAGAGGAAGAGUUCAUCGAGGGGACCAUGGCCAACAAGGAAAUUCUGCGACUGAUCCAAUUUGAGCCUCAAAAAGUGAAGGAAAAAUUGAAGGAGAAGAAAACCUGAUGCCCACUGCUCGGCCCCGCCCCCACCCCUCCCCCGGCGCAGAAACCCCGGUGAGCAUGUGAGCACGCCCCAGGGGCCAAGGGGGCUUCCUAAACCUUAGCGUCCCUCCUAUUUUAUCCCACCACCUCCUCUCCCCUGCCCUCGGCCCAGUCCUCCAUGAUAAUCCCAGGAUUAGGUCACAGGAGUCCUCAGUAUCACCCCCGUGUAAGCUCCUUUUGUGGGUUGCUGGGUAAGCAGUUUCCAAUAAAUGCGAGAGGAGCUGGGCACCCAGCUGACCGGUCA